AUGCUUCUUUUCUGUCCGACUUGUGGGAAUGUUUUAAUUGUCGAAGAAGGCCAGAAGUGCCUGAGAUUUGCGUGUAACACUUGUCCUUAUAUUCACAACGUCACCAGGAAGGUAAACUACAGAAAAUAUCCCAAAUUGAAGGAAGUGGAUGAUGUUUUGGGUGGAGCUGCUGCUUGGGAAAAUGUGGACUCCACUGCAGAAACCUGUCCAAAGUGUGAGCACCCUCGGGCGUAUUUUAUGCAGAUUCAGACCAGAUCUGCUGAUGAACCCAUGACCACUUUCUACAAAUGCUGCAAUGCCCAAUGUGGACACAGAUGGAGAGAUUAA